GCCACAACUUAGCAGACAAGAGAUAAGGCACCUAGGCACCUCUCUCUCUCUCUCUAAGCAUAGCCAUGGCUGAGGCUUCAAGACUCUUUCACGCCUCAUUCAUACCAAGUUUCUGUUCACUCCACAAAACCAUCCCACACUCUCACUCUCACUCGGCAAUCUUUCAUAAGCGCCCAAUUCAUUGCUCAGUUUUCACAAAUGACACCACCAAAGCCGCAGUGUCCCAGAAUGUCCCCUGGGGUUGUGAUAUCGAUUCCUUGGAAAACGCGUCAGCUUUGCAGAAAUGGUUGUCUGAGUCGGGCCUCCCAGACCAGAAAAUGGCCAUAGAAAGAGUGGAGGUGGGAGAAAGAGGACUUGUUGCUUCGAAGAAUAUCAGGAAGGGCGAGAAGUUGCUUUUUGUGCCUCCUCCACUGGUCAUCACUGCAGACUCAGAGUGGACCUGUGUGGAGGCUGGUGAAGUGUUAAAACAGAAUUCUGUACCAGAUUGGCCACUACUUGCAACUUACCUGAUUAGUGAAGCAAGUUUUUUGGAAUCUUCAAGAUGGAGGAGUUAUAUUUCAGCCUUACCUCGGCAGCCCUAUUCACUACUGUACUGGACACGUGAAGAACUAGAUCGAUAUCUGGAAGCAUCACAGAUUAGAGAGCGGGCAAUUGAGAGGGUCAUGGAUGUCAUUGGAACUUACAAUGACUUAAGGCUCAGGAUAUUUUCCAAGUAUCCUCAUUUAUUCCCUGAAGAGGUAUUCAAUAUUGAAACCUUCAAAUGGUCAUUUGGCAUUCUUUUCUCACGCUUGGUUCGGUUACCCUCAAUGGAUGGAAGGGUGGCCUUGGUUCCAUGGGCAGAUAUGCUGAAUCACAGUUGUGAGGUGGAAACAUUUUUGGAUUAUGAUAAGUCAUCACAGGGAGUAGUCUUUACAACAGACCGGCCAUAUCAGCCAGGUGAGCAGGUUUUCAUUUCAUAUGGUAAGAAGUCUAAUGGAGAGCUAUUGCUGUCGUAUGGAUUUGUGCCGAAAGAGGGUACCAACCCAAGUGAUUCAGUUGAGUUGUCAGUGUCACUUAAGAAAUAUGACAAGUGUUAUAAGGAGAAGUUGGAAGCUCUGAGGAAGUAUGAAUUUUCAGCAUCUCAGUGUUUUCCUAUACAAAUCACUGGUUGGCCAGUGGAGUUAAUGGCGUAUGCUUAUUUAGCAGUCAGCCCUCCAAGUAUGAGCAGACAGUUUGAAGAGAUGGCUGCUGCAGCAUCAAAUAAAACUACCACCAAGAAGGAUUUAAGGUACCCUGAAAUAGAGGAAGAAGCUCUGCAAUUCAUAUUGGACAGUUGUGAAUCUAGCAUAUCAAAAUACAACAAAUUCUUGCAGGCAAGUGGAUCAAUGGAUUUGGAUGUGACAUCUCCAAAGCAACUCAACCGAAGACUGUUUCUGAAACAGUUAGCAGUAGACUUGUGUACUAGUGAGCGGAGAAUUCUAUUCCGUGCUCAAUAUAUACUGAGGAGGAGGUUGAGAGAUAUAAGGAGUGGUGAAUUGAGAGCUCUGAAUCUCUUUGAUGGGUUGAGGAAGCUAUUCAAUUGAGAGUAUUUCUGAAUGCAAAAUCUGUCCUUGGGUGUUCAGAUGAAUAUUACUAGGCCAUAUGAAUAUGAGCUUCGGAUCAAAUCAUAUCUGGUGGGCUUCUUAUCAUCUUAUGUGACCUUAAGCAAGAGCUUGGGACUUCCAGCAAGCCAAGGAGACAGAUUUUUCGCCAUGUUUGAAUUAAUAUGAUGUUAUAUUAUUCAUAUGUGCUGCUAAAAGAAACCUCCUAUUUAUUCUAUUUCAUUUGGCAUGAUAGAAGUUAUACUUUUCUU